AUGUAUAGUUACAAUGGGCGCAUUCGAUCAGAGGAGAGGAAACGGAUAUUCAAUGUCCCAAAGCUCAAGCGCUUAGUAGCUUCAUCUAAACGUCAGAAACAGGAAGAUGUGAUCGGCUAUACAAAGCUUGCCGAGGGAGGCUUCAAUAUGACCUUCUUAAUCACCAUGCGGGACAAAUUUAAAUUUCCAGCCCUCAUCUCAUAUCCAGUGACUCAGCCACGCGAAGUGGCUACUGUGGAGUAUCUCCGUUCGCAUGGCAUACCCGUUCCAGAGGUCUAUGGCAAUUCCGCUAGUGCUGACAAUCCCUCGGGAACGGAGCACAUUUCUAUGGAGCUUGUUAGGGGGCGGAGCCUGGGCGAUGCAUGGUUCAAUUUAUCCCCAGAACAGAGAACGAAACUCAUCACUGAAAUUGUGGGAAUCAAGUCACGACUAUUUGCACUGCGCCUACAGAGCUACAGCGAUGAUGUGUCCGAAUCUCUUCAAGAGCCCACCCUACCCAGCAACCUCAAUGAGCUGGGAUCAGAAGAACAGGACCGACAGGCUAAUUCAUUCCAGAGACAUCAGCCUCACUACCACUAUGUGUUUAUUAGUAGAUUGAGACACCUCUUUCAUUACGCCAGUAAUCCAUGGGAUGGUGAUAACUUGCCUCUUAAAUCAAACCUCUUUGAGUGGUCGCGCAACAUUGCACACCCUUGCACACUUGUGUAUUCACAAUAUGAGUUGAAACAAUGUCCGAGGUUGACAAGCGCACAAGGUGUAGAAGAGCAGAUGAAAAUGUGCCAGAAAUUUAUUGGAGUAGGGAGUGAGGGAUGGGUUCCUAGUGAUCAAAUUGAGGAAAUGAUUAAAGUACGAGAACAAGCAUUAAAGAAGGCUGCUCUGGAGGCAGGUGAAUCAGAAGAUCGGAGAGCGAUGGUCGAGGAGAGUUAA